AUGGCCUCCCGUCUAACACCCUUCAAAAGAGCCUUCAUCAUCUCUCGCACCCCCCUCCCAAAAACUCAUACCCCCCUCCUCUACUCCCGCAGAUUCCAAACCGGCGUCGCUUCCUCCACACAACACCCCAACCCGCAACGCGACGCCCAACUCGAUCGCGAAAAGAUCGACCGCCAAUCCGACGAAUACUCCAAGUCAGGAACGGAAGAAGAGACUGCGGCUCAGGACCACGCGGCGUUUGACCCGAAUAGCUCGAAUGAUCCGGAGGAGGCGAUGAAGGAGGCUGGGAAGGGGAAUGAUGUGAAUCCGUUGGAUGCUAGUCCUGCGAAUCCGGGGUUGAGUUCGGGGACGAGUGAGGUUAGUGGUGGGGCGGAUAAGAAGAAGAGUGAGGGUGGUGGGGGACGGGAGGGAGGUGGUGAUAAUACUGGAGCCAAGUCUGGAGGGGAGAGUGUUUAA